GGUUCUCAUAUGGGGGUCUAUCGGAACUCCCGGAAAGCGAGUACUUUUCUUGCUCAAUGUGAUCAACCAUUGCUGGAGAAAUUGGUGUAUUUGGCUAUAGGCCAUCAGUUCUAAUGGAUAUGCUUGCUGGUAAGAGGGUGGAAGUUGGUACAAAACUUGGGGCAUACAUGCGAACGUUUUCUUGUGAUUGUUCUCCCACUGACCUGGAAACUGCUUUACAGCUUGUUUAUCAACUAUUUAUGACAAAUGUAAUACCGAGAGAAGAAGAAGUCAACAUAGUGAUGCAAAUGGCAGAAGAGGCAAUUCAUGCACAAGAGAGGGAUCCUUACACUGCAUUUGCAAACCGGGUGAAGGAACUUAAUUAUGGAAAUUCCUAUUUCUUUAGGCCAAUUAGGAUACGUGACCUUCGAAAUGUUGACCCUCUAAAAGCCUGUGAAUAUUUCAGCAGCUGUUUUAAGGAUCCAUCAACUUUCACUGUUGUGAUUGUUGGAAAUAUCGAUCCCAAAAUAGCACUUCCUUUGAUCUUGCAGUAUUUGGGUGGAAUACCUAAACCUCAUGAACCUGUCCUUCAUUUCAACCGUGAUGACCUCAAGGGUUUACCAUUUACAUUUCCUAAAACCAUAAUUAGAGAAGUGGUUCGUAGCUCCAUGGUUGAAGCACAAUGCUCUGUCCAGCUAUGCUUUCCUGUGCAGUUGAAGAAUGGAACAAUGGUGGAAGAGAUUCACUGUGUUGGGUUCCUAAGCAAACUUCUCGAAACAAAAAUAAUGCAGGUUCUCCGUUUUAAGCACGGGCAGAUUUAUUCUGCUGGCGUUUCAGUAUUUCUUGGCGGUAAUAAACCUUCUAGAACUGGUGAUGUACGUGGUGACAUUAGCAUAAACUUUUCUUGUGACCCAGAAAUCUCCUCCAAGCUGGUCGAUAUUGCUUUAGAUGAAAUAUUACGGCUUCAAGAGGAAGGACCUUCAAACGACGAUAUUUCAGCCAUACUUGAAAUUGAGCAAAGAGCUCAUGAAAAUGGAUUACAGGAAAACUACUAUUGGCUGGAGAGGAUUUUGCGCAGCUACCAGUCAAGGGUCUACUCUGGUGACAUGGGUGCCUCUUUUAUGAUGCAAGAUGAAGGGCGUGCAAGACUUAGAGAGUCUCUUACCCCAUCAGCAGCACAAUCAGCAUUAAGAAGAAUACUGCCUUAUCCUUGCAAAAAGCAGUACACUGCAGUGAUUCUGAUGCCCCGGAAGUCUUGGUUCAAGUUGCUGAGAUCUUUCUUCAAGUCUUCUCCGACCAAUUAUGUUAGAAAUGCAAAGAUUUUAGCAGGCAUUGCUGGAUUGACGAUUUUAGGACUGAGUUUUUGGAGAAGUUCACGCAGUGGCGUAAAAUCUUAAGCUGGAGGUUCCUACAUUUUGUCGAGUGAUUAGAGAUGAAAAAAGAAUUUGACACGAUGAGAGUAUUAUGAAGGGGAAUUAAGCACCGGUCACUCUACAUCCAAUUUUUAAGAAGUUCAUAAAUUCUCAAUCUCUCCCAUGUGUCAGCUUUUAUUUUUGCUCUUU